ACUCUGAUUGAAACCUCUGUCCUUUAUAUCUUAAUUCAUCACCUUUGCUUUUCCAUCAUUUGAUACCAAAUUAGAUCCUGAAACCCACCAAUUAAACAAAGCAAAGCUGUAAAGUUUAGAUGAAUAACAAAAGCAUACACUUUUACUAACUUGUCAUAUAAAAAUAAAAAAAUUCGAAAGCAAACCAAAAAAAAAAAAAAGUAUGAUCAUUAUGAAUGUUUUGGACAUUCUCAUCAUUCCUGUCGAAAAGCCCCCCAAAAAAAAGUAAAUUUAGUGAUUAAAUACACAACAAGCCUAUAGCUAUAGCUUCUACUAACUUUUUCUUUGUUGAUUCAAUUAAAAAUCUCAAUCCCAAAAAAACAAAAUGCCAACAAAUUCACCCAAAAUUUCCUUACAACAACAUGACAAUAACCAAGAUAAAGAAAAAAACACAUUCGAUUUUCGAGCCCCGCCGCCAUCCCCGAUUGGCUCGAGCCGGCGAGCCUCCUCCGUGGCGAAUGACGAGGUCUUAUCGGAGUUCUUAGAGCACACCCUCCGAGUCCCGGACCUCAUUCUCCCGCAUCGAAUAUUUCCAAAGCAAACACCUCUCAGGGAAAUCCUAGCCGUCGAUUUUCAGGCCCUGAAGUUAAACAGAGAUGAUUCAAUUGCUAUGAUCCGGGAUUCUCUGUCGGACAUUGGGUGUUUUCAGGUGAUCAAUCAUGGGAUUUCGUCGGAGUUAAUAGCGACCGUGGUCAGGCGGGCGAGGCGGGUUUUUCGGAUGUCGCCGGAGGAGAAGAUAAUGGCGGUGAGGUCGGUUGAUGUGAGGUAUGGUUUUGAGGAGGUGAGUGGGGAGCAAGAAGAGGUUGUUAGUGAGAUGAGUGAGGAGUUUGUUUGGGGAAGGAAUUGUGGUUUUAAGUUAAAAAUGGAGGGAAUUUGGCCUGUCAAGUAUUCAAAAUUCAGUGAUAAAAUGGAGAGAUUAGAAUCAGCUAUUGAUAAGGUUUGCAAAGACAUUAUGAUGAUCUUGAAUGAUGAUUGGAACUUACCCAAGAUACCAAGAGGUGAAGCUGAAGGACAUCAUAAUAGUAAUGUGCAUGGUUGUGUAUGCCACAUCUACAAGCACCCCCAUGAUGUGGCAGCUGAUCAAUGCCUUAGCGCUCUCCGAUAUGAUGUUAUAAGGAUGAUGAUUAAAGGAUCAGAUUAUUCACAUGCAUUAUCGUUGCAUAUUUGUGAUGGAUUUUCUGAGUUUCAUGUCUACUCCAAGAAAGGCUGGAUUUCUUUCACUCCAUUACAGAAUGCCUUGAUUGUCACAGCUGGGGAUCAAAUACAGGCUUGGAGUGGUGGACGAUACAAACAUGUCAUAGGAAAACCAAUAUAUACAAGCAAAAGAAAAGAUUGUAUAUCGUUGGCUUUUCUUUGGUCUCUUCCCACUAUAAGUGUGGAAACAACAGGCUUACACCACCAAGGGAAUAAGCAAGAAAACGUUAUUUCACUACGACAGCAAGCUCUUUUUGCAAUAGUAAUCACAAUAGCAUGUCAGUUUCUGCUCCAUAUUUAUAGCAAAUUAUCACAUCCAUAACCCCUCCAUUGUGCUCAUUACGAUAAUUUUGACGAUAGCGUCUAUCCUGUUCGUGUUUAUCAAAAAACCUCUACCCUGUCCGUUUGGUAAAAUUAGUCUUGUAUAUUACUAGUAAUGAUUUGCAAUUUGUUUGAUCGUCACACUUUUAUGAAGAUUGAGUAAAGGAGAGACGAGAGAGAUCCAACUAUAUAAUAUAAAGAGUUUUAUUUGGAUUAAAAUUGUAUCGUGUAUUUCUUUAGUUAUGAGAGUUUCAAAACCUGUGACUAUGUAUUUUUGGACGAAGAGAGUAUUAUGUAUUGAUAUUUUGUA